AUGGCUUCUGCCAAGCUGCAAAUAGGAAUUAUCUUCCUUACACAGAUGGGAGUGGGAAUCAUUGGAAACUCCUCCCUCCUUUGUCUCUAUACCUUCACUUUGCUCACUGGGCAUAAGGUGAGACCUACAGACAGCAUUCUCAACCACCUGGUCUUAGCCAAUUCCUUUGUGCUUUUUGCUAGAGGGAUCCCUCAGGCAAUGGCAGCUUUUGGGCUGACUUAUUUCCUAGAGGAGGCAGCAUGUAAACUUCUCUUUUAUUUACACAGGGUGGCUAGAGGGGUUUCCCUCAGCACUACCUGUCUCCUGGGUGGCUUCCAGGCCGCCAAGCUUUGCCCCAAUUUCUCUAGGUGGCUAGAACUCAGAAUGAGAUCCCCAAAGUUCAUUAGCUAUUGUUGUUUCCUCUUCUGGAUCCUUCAUCUGUUGCUAAAUAUCUUUGUUCCUAUCAAAAUGAUUGGUCCAAUGAAUAGCAAAAAUUUAAGUGUAAAAAUAAAUUAUGGAUACUGUUCCUCCCUCAGCCCAGACAGAUAUCUAAAGUUUCUAGUUGUAUUCCUGUUCCUCACAAUUGACUUUCUGUGUUUAGGACUCAUGGUAUGGGCUAGUGGCUCUAUGGUUAUUGUCCUAUACAGGCACAAGCAGCAAGUUCAAUACAUUCACAACAGCCUCUCCCCCAGACCCUCCCAUGAGGCCAGAGCCACACGCACCAUUUUGAUCCUUGUGAGCUCCUUUUGUUCCUUUUAUUCGCUCUCUUCUGUUUUGCACAUGUGGAUGACCGUAUUCGUAAUUCCAGGUCAGUGGCUGGUGGACACCUCCAUGAUUUUAUCCUCAUGCUUCCCUGCCUUCAGCCCCUUAGUGCUCUUUUGCAAUGAGACUCGUUUCUCCGAGUUUCGCUUGGCCUGUCACGUAAGGAAAGGACGUUUUCCUAGUUUGGUGUUAGUUGCAAUCUUCCAUCCAGAGCUAGCACAGGAGGGGGCUGAGGCAGUCUCCAAGAGAUCCCCCUAUCUCCAUGAGCCCCACGCCAAUGGGCACCCCCAGUGGGGGGCCAAAUGCCGACUCUCAGCCGCGGUGUCCAGAGGGGGAGCCCACGCAGGCAGCACGGAGCGGCGGGAGCCUCGAGCUCAGGGAGGGCUCUGCCGGGUGCUGAGGGUCCUCGGUCUCCUCAGCGACCCGCCGGCGCGCCAGAAGGGAAGACUCGGCGCCAGCCACCACCGAGCGCCCGCGGCGGCCUCUAGCGCCCCGACUCCGGUACGUGACGAGCCACAGAUGCUGGCGACGCGCCCCUGGGGUCUCGUUUCCUCUGGGGUCCGUCUUUGCCCCGAGAGUUCGAUAAGUCAGAAAUGUUUCUCAAGUUACAGUCAACACCACGCGGAUCAGCCUGGGGAGUUAAGCCCGCCCUCGCCCCCGGACGUCGACGACGCGUUUUCCCAGAGCCCCGCGCGGAGCCUCUUUGUUCCCAGGGAAUCUCAGAGAGAGCGCGACCUGCGCGAGGGAGCCCUAAGAACUACGAUACCCAUAAUGCAGCGCGUCAACUGGCCGGGAAGCCAAGUCAGGGCGGGACUUCCGGAGUCGCUCCCGGGACAGUCAUUUUGGUUGCUCGCUAGAUGUGUCCCCCCUGUCGGUGUUGAGCCGCGCUCCUGA